CUUUGAGGCCAGCCAAAAACGCUCACUCUCAAAUCCCUAACCCCCAAAAGCUCUCUCUCUCCUCUAUAUCUCUCAAAAAUCUUAUAAACCAGAUGAAACCCUACCCUACUUUCACUCUCUAUAUCUCUCUCUCUCUCUCUCUCUCUCUAAGACAAACAAAACCCACUUUUUUUUCUCUCUCUCUCUUUGUUUUUCUCUCUUUCUAGGAUUUGAUGAAGUAUAGAUAGUAGUUUGAGUACUGAGAGUGAGCUAUGGAUGUGAAGAAGGAUGUUGUGAAGAGGGAGGACAACAAUAUGAAUGGAGGAGGAGGAGGAUGCGGAUUUUCCACAUCACCAUUUGCAAGCAUGUUUGAUUUCUGUGAAGGAGAAAAGAGUUCAUCUUUAGGGUUUAUGGAGCUUUUGGGGGCUGGGGUUGGACAGGACUAUUGUCCCACUUCCCUGUUUGAUUAUUUGCCGCAAACACCAUCUACAGUCCUGCCUUCAUUAGUUUCCACAAUGGGAGGAAAAGACCAGUUCUCUGCUGACUACUCCUCUUUGAAUCAGCAGCCUGCAACACCAAACUCUUCGUCGGUUUCGUCGGAAUCAAGCGAGGCAGUGAACGAAGAACAUACUGAUCAUAAAGCUGCCGCAGACCAAGAGGAAAAUAAUGAAGAAGAAGAACAUGAUGAGCAAAAAAAUACCAAGAAAGAGUUGAAAGCCAAGAAGGCGAGUCAGAAGAGGCAGAGAGAGCCCAGAUUUGCAUUCAUGACAAAGAGCGAAGUUGAUCAUCUGGAAGAUGGCUACAGAUGGAGAAAGUACGGCCAGAAAGCUGUCAAAAAUAGCCCCUUUCCCAGGAGUUACUAUCGGUGCACAAGUGCAUCAUGUAACGUGAAGAAACGAGUGGAGCGAUCUUUCGACGAUCCGAGCAUUGUUGUGACUACUUAUGAAGGCCAACACACUCAUCCGAGCCCACUCUUGCCUCGCCCAACUCUCACUUCAGCUUCUUCUGUUGCUUCUGCUUCUCCUUUUGCACCUAAUAAUUUUGCCAUGCCAUUAAUCCCCACAAGAACCCUAUUUCCUCAUCACUAUCAACAAGUAGAGCCGUUUGCAGAUAACUCCUCUCCGCCUUCAUCAGCACCUUUUAAUUUUGGUAAUUAUCAUGUGAACGGCUCUUCGUCGUCUCUAACAAAUGCUACUAGUACUACCACCGGCCUUGUUCAUCCCGAAAGGCGGUUUUGCUCUCCGGCAACCGGUUCUGCUUUGUUAGCUGACCAUGGCCUUCUUCAAGACAUAGUCCCCUCUCAUAUGCUUAAGCAAGAGCAGUAGAUGUAUGCCCAUAUAUAUAUAUAUAUAUAUAUAGACAUAAAGAUAUGGAUAUUAUCAUCAUGAGAUAGUGAGAUCCUCCCAUUAGAGCUACUUAAUUAUGUACUAAUUUAGCUUGCUUACUGACUUUCUGUGUUAAGAUGGUGAUCCAGAUGAUGAUUAUGUUUUGUAAUAUGGAUAGAACAUGGACUUUGCAGGUACUACUAGGCAGUAGCUAGUUAACCUCUUUUUCUUUAUAUUUGUUCUCUUUUUUUUUCGUUGUUUUCGUUUUGUGUGGAAGGAGAAAUUUUUAAUUGUGAAUGGAACACGAGUGGUACACUAUGUGCUUUUACGUUAAGUGGUGAAAAAUUUUAUUUUUUAAGUUAUUAACUUUUUAGCACACAUAUCACACUAAUUGUAUAGUGAUACGUGGUGUACCAUCUUAUGUGCUAGUCACACUGUAAAAUCUCUAGUGUGGAAUGAGAAAUUUUUCAAUGUGACUGAUACAUGGGAUUGUACAUCACAUGUCACUAUACAAAUUAUGGGAUAUAUGUGCUAAAAAGUUAAUAACUUAAAAAAUAAAAAUUCUUACCACUUCUAUUAAAACAUAUAAUGUAUCCUGUCACAAUUAAAAUUUUCUGGUGUGGAAGAGGAGAAAGAGAGGUGGGGUUGGGGGAUGUAAAGUUAAAGAUUAUGGUAAAGAGAAAAAAAAUGGGUUGUUGUAUAUUUAAUUCUUCA